AUGCCGUUACACCUGGGUCCCUUUGUCCGCCGGAGAUCCGGGCUUGUACUCAUAUGGAUCUGCCUGUUUUCCUUCGGAUUUACCUGCAUCGGUGGAGAGCAUGCAGCCACUGUAUCGCAUCCACUUCCUGCAGCCUUCUCCGACCUGUUGCCCCACUUCUUGGUGGAACCGGAUGAUGUUUAUAUCGUUAAGAAUAAGCCGGUGACCCUCACCUGCCGGUCGACACCUGCCACUCAGAUCUACUUCAAGUGCAAUGGUGAAUGGGUUCAUCAAGAUCAGCACCUGAUCGAGCGCAACAUGGACCCGGCUACAGGGCUGCCGGUGAUGCAGGUGAAGAUUGACAUCUCAAGACAGCAGGUAGAGAAGAUCUUCGGCCUGGAGGAUUACUGGUGUCAGUGUGUGGCCUGGAGCACUACAGGAACCCAGAAGAGCCAAAAGGCAUUUGUGCGCAUCGCCUACCUGAGGAAGAACUUCGAGGAGGAACCACUGGGUAAGGAAGUAGCGCUGGAUCAGGAAGUUCUUCUCCACUGUCAUCCUCCAGAAGGUGUUCCUCCCGCAGAGGUGGAGUGGCAGAGAAACGAGGAGCUGAUCGACCCCAAGACUGACCCCAAUUUCUUCAUCACCGUGGACCAUAAUCUCAUCAUCAAACAAGCCCGCCUGGCCGACACCGGCAACUACACCUGCGUGGCCAAGAACAUUGUGGCCCGUCGCAAGAGCUCUUCAGCUACUGUGAUUGUCUAUGUGAACGGUGGCUGGUCUACAUGGGCCACAUGGUCGGCCUGCAGUGCUGUCUGCGGUCGCGGGUGGCAGAAGAGGAGCCGAAGUUGCACCAACCCUACUCCCCUGAAUGGCGGGACGUCCUGCGAGGGCCAGAGCAUCCAGAAAAGUGCCUGCACUGCCACCUGUCCAGUGGAUGGAGGAUGGAGCGAAUGGAGUAAGUGGUCACCUUGCGGAGCAGACUGCACCAUGUGGAGGAGUAGGGAAUGUACCCAGCCUAUGCCCGGGACCGGAGGCAAGGAGUGUCAAGGCCUGGAUCUUCAGUCCCUCAACUGUACCAGCGAGCAGUGCCCACAGACUGCGUCGGGUGCUGAAGAUGUGGCCCUGUAUGUGGGGAUUGUAGCAGUUGCCCUGUGUCUGACUCUACUUUUGAUCAUACUGGUGCUGGUGUACCGCAGGAAAAAGGAAGGUCUUGAUGCAGAUGUGGCUGACUCUUCCAUCCUCACCACUGGCUUCCAGCCCAUGGGCAUCAAGCCCACCAAGCCAGGUGUGUGGGCACCGCGCAGGGCAGCCCGCAGCAAAAACUCUCAUUUACUCACCAUCCAACCUGAUUUGACCACAACCACCACCAGCUACCAAGGAACUUUGCGCUCCCGCCACGAAGUUUCUGGAAAGUUCUCUAUGAGCAAUGGCCCCCUCCUGGAACCCCUUCCUAACGGCUCCCACACACUACACAACGGCAAACUGUCCAGCGACCCCAACGACUUCAUGAAUCGCCUUUCCUCUCAAACAUAUUUCAAAACACUACCGAGAGACAGCAUCAACACCUCCUAUGGCACAUUCAAUUUUCUGGGUGGCCGCCUCACCCUCCCCAACACUGGAAUCAGCCUGCUCAUCCCGCCAGAGGCCAUUCCCAGAGGGAAGAUUUAUGAGAUUUAUCUCACCAUUCAGAAGAAUGAAGAUAUGAGGUUGCCCUUGGCUGGGUGUCAGACGUUGCUGAGCCCCGUGGUGAGCUGCGGGCCGCCCGGUGUGAUGCUCACCCGGCCGGUCAUACUCAGUAUUAACCACUGCUUUGAUGCCUGUCUGGAGAAUUGGGCCAUCCGUCUGAAGAAGCAAUCCUAUGAGGGAACAUGGGAGGACGUUCUUCAGCUGGGAGAGGAUGUGUUGUCAGAGCCGUACUACUGCCAGCUGGAGGAGGAGACUUGCCGGUUGUUCACUGAGCAGCUGGGCCGCUUCGCUCUGGUGGGGGAGUCCCUCAGUAUGGCUGCCGCUAAACGGUUAAAACUACUGCUGUUUGCUCCUGCCUACUGCUCCACGCUGGAGUACAACAUCCGCGUCUACUGCAUGGACGAUACACAGGACUUGCUAAAGGAGGUGAUGCAGAUGGAAAGACAGCUGGGAGGUCGAUUGAUUGACGAGCCACACGUCCUGCUUUUCAAAGAUAGCUACCACAACCUACGCCUCUCCAUUCAUGACAUUCCCCAGGCUCACUGGAGAAGCAAACUUAUGGCCAGCUAUCAGGAAAUCCCGUUCUAUCACAUCUGGAGCGGCUCUCAGCGGACUCUCCACUGCACCUUUACACUAGAGAGACAGAGCCUGAGCACAUGUGAUCUCACCUGCACGCUGUGUGUGUGGCAGGUAGAAGGAGAGGGACAGAGCUUCACACUUGACUUCAACAUCUUAAAGGACAUCAGACCAAUGGACGCUGAUUUUCUGUUGAUGGAAAACUGUACCCCUGCCCUGGCUGGCCCGAGCGCAUUCCAGAUCCCAUACCUCAUCCGACAGAAGAUCUGCAGCAGUCUGGAUGCCCCUUGCCCCAAUGGAGCCGACUGGAGACUACUGGCCCAGAGACUCAAGCUUGAUAGGCACAUGAGUUUCUUCGCGUCCAAAUCAAGCCCCACAUCAGUGAUCCUGGACUUAUGGGAGGCCCAGCACUUCCACAGCGGUAAUCUCAAUCAGCUCGCUGCCGUGAUGGCUGAGAUUGGCAAGCAGGAGGCCAUGAUAUUCCUGGUGUCUGAUGGGGAGUGCUGACACGUUCAGACUGGAGUAGAACAGCCAUGUCUCUGAAUGAUGAGUGGGGGAAGGACGAGGCCCUCGGCCUGCCCCACCAAACACAAGAAAAAUCAAAGAGCAGGGUUUACCCAACUAUAUGAGGCCACUUCCCAAGUGAAUAGGGAAAAAAUAGACAGAAAAAAAACUAAACAAAAAAAAAAACAGCAAGCGCUGGAAAAACCUGGCAGGGCUUUUAGAUGUACUGUGAACUGAGACGAAAUGCCCCUCUCUCUGAACAAAACUCCAUUUGUUUCGGGGGGAAAAUAAAUAAAUAAAUGGUGUAUAGUGAUUUUCAGAAAUGGUUCUGGCCCUGCCCACAGCUGACCAAUACGUCUUUUCUAACCACUUUUAUGUUAGACACAUUGAUAUAUUUAUAUCGGACUGGAAACUGAAAUGAAAUCGGUUGUAAGAUAUCAGAUGGAAUGUGUACACUAGAUAGGUAAGGUGAAUAUUUUGCAAACAAAUUAAAUAUGUGACAUGCAUUUUGUAAAUGUGUACCAUUUAGCAAUAUGCAAACACAUAUCGAUGACAAUUUCCUUUGGCCGCACAUUUCUUACCUCACGGAGCAUUUAAAUUUUAAGAGAAAAGUUCUGUAGAUUUCAGGUCAAAACUUAUUAAUGAGGAUUUUUGUU